AUGGCAAGUGGAAGCAGCAUCGGAGUCGGUGGUUUGUUCGAGAACGCUGAGGUAACUACGAGUGGCAGACCCGUGAUUCGCCGCAAUGAGGUCGAGUGUUUCCUCCUCUCCUCCGUCGAUUUAGAUUCCGAAGACGAUCCGCCGCGAUUCACCGCCUUGAGAUCCGGAAAUCUUAUCCUCACCACUCAUCGUCUCAUAUGGAUUCCUUCUCAAUCAAACACAGCCGUUCCUUCUUCAGUUCCUCUCGCCGGAGUUACUCACAUCUUUACACAUAAGAAAUCAAUCAAGUCUAUGUUCCAUUCGCCUCGAAUCCGAUUCCAAGCGGACCCGGGUUCGAUUGUGGUGACUAUUGUCUUCAGGGGUAAAGGGGAUUUUGAUGGGUUUUUGACGAAAUUCUGGGAAUGUUGGAGAGGCAGGGCAUGGGAAGAAGAGGAGAAGGUCGAGAGCGAGGUUUCUCGAUCAGGAUCUGGAACGGUUGCUCAAGGUUUAUACGGAAACGAUGGAACGGUGAGGAUGGUGGGAUUAGCUGGGAUAUUGAGGAAAGAGCAAGAACAAUGGGAGAGUACAGAUAAGAGCUUGCAAGAUGCUUUUCAGGAUUUGAAUGCUCUUAUGAGUAAGGCUAAAGAGAUGGUGAGUCUGGCAGAGAAAAUGCGGCAAAAGCUCUUGUCUGCUCCAAGUAGCCAGAACGGAUCAACUGAUGAUGAAGAAAUGGGGUCUAAAGAAGAAAUGCAACAAUGGAUGUUGAGCGUUGGUAUUAUCUCCCCGGUUACAAAGGAAUCUGCUGGCGCCUUGUACCAUCAAGAAUUGUCACGACAGUUGGCAGAUUUUGUCAGAAUCCCAUUAGAACAAGCUGGGGGAAUGAUCAGCCUUACUGAUAUGUAUUAUCACUUCAACCGUGCUCGUGGGACAGAGUUGAUUUCUCCAGAUGAUUUGUGGCAAGCUUGUAGCCUUUGGGAGAAAUUUGAUGUUCCAGUAAUGCUGCGGAAGUUCGAUAGCGGUGUGAUGGUCAUCCAAAACAAGUCCCAUAGUGACGAGGAGGUUAUGAGUAGAAUCAGAAUGCUUGUGACCAAAACUGAAACACUAAGAACCGGAGUCACUGCUAGUGAUGCAGCUUUGACACUGAAGAUCGCUCCAGCAAUGGCAAAGGAACAUCUAUUAACAGCAGAGACCAAAGGUUUGCUGUCUAGAGACAUGAGCCCAGACGGGCUUCGAUUCUAUUUCAACCUGUUUCCCGAGAUCGAUCCGACCAAUCUCCAUUUUGUCAAGGACUUUGGGACGUACGGUGAAUGGGUGAAAGCGACCAGUUUGUUGUCCGUAUGA